GGCAACUGCAAACCAGAGGAUUUAGGUGCGGUCCAAAUCACUCACGGAGCUUUUUUAUUUCCUCUAUUAAAAUUGAAAGUAAAAUCUUUCUUUUCAACUUGCAUGGAUCAUUCUAAACUACGCAUAAGUCAAAUUAAGGAUAAUUUUUCUAGACUCAUUUCACUAGAUGAGGAAGAAGUUUCUUGGCUAUGUAAUUAUUUGCUUCUAAUCCUAUCUGGGACUAAGCUACUUGGGCAUUCACCAAGUUUGAGAAGACUCACAAACUUUAUCUCACCUUGGAGCAAAAUCAAUUUGGAGAGUUUUUGUGUUUGGUUGAUAUGGGCAGUUGGGGACAAACAACUAUUAUCAUUCCUAUGGGAUGGAGCGGAGCUGGACUCGGACGUUUUUCCUUGGCUGUAAUGAAACAACGUGAAAAGCUCAAAGAUUUUAAGCAGGGACAAUUCAAGAAGCCUUCAGAGGACCUUGGGGUUAUUUGUAAGGAUUCAGCGGAAUCCUUACUAGAAGACAAUGUGUCAAUCUCCUCAUUAUUAUUUAAUGAGGAUUUAUUCAAUUUUGGGUUUAAUGCUGCAUCUAAAUGUUCCUCGAGGGAUAUUGUCUAGCUUGCCACAAAAAAUGCACAAGAGAUCACUACUGCUACCAAGGAGUUUGACGUUCAUGGAGAGAGUAUUCUAGAGAUAUCUCCUCUUCAAGUUUCUUUUCCAUCUCAGCAUAGUGCAUCCCUUAUCAAGGGUGGAUUUGGUUCUCCUCGGUCUGGAUCGUCUUCAGGCUCACAAAUGUCUAGUGAUGAGUUAAUAGGCACGCCAGCUCAAAGAUCACUUUUUGAUCGAGAGUUACUAGAUCGCUUAGUUGAUACUGAAUGGGAGAUCACUUUUUGAUCAAGAGUUACUAGACUGCUUAGUUGAUACUGAAUGGUGUGCAGCCAACUCUUGAUGGCUUCCUAGGAGGAGUGCUCGAAUUAAGGCAAAAAAAUUGGCUAAACAAUAGAGCGGGCCUCUUAGGGUUAUUUUAUAAUGGCUGAUUUGGAGGGAUGUCAAAUCUUGUUUUUGGGCUCCUGAAAGAAGCUUGACGGGUGUUUCUAGGCCGUUCAUGGUGUGUUAGGGAUGAUGGUCAAUUUGGAUGGAAUUUUCAUUGAACCGGUUUCGUAUUUGGAGGUUUCUUUUGGGCACUUGGGGCUUUGGUGGGUUACUAGAGGAGGGAGCUUUUCAUUUUUAUUUUCUUAUUUGCAUUUGUUUUUCAUUAGCGCCUUCGUUACAUUAGCUUUUAUUAUUCUUUAACUUUAAAAAAACUAUGACUAAGCAUCGAAAUAAACACCUCCUAAGUCUUGUUUAAUAUUUUUAUUCGAUUAUAUUUUUAUUUUAUGAGC